AUGUCUGAGAAGAGAUUUCGUACUGAAGAAGUUCUUGCUAACAUUAUGGCAGAUGAAAAUAUGGAUUUUGAAGAAUCUGAGCGUUUAGCUGACGCAACAGAUGCAAUUACGGAUUCACAGACUCCAGUUGAUGUAGUGUUGCUUCCUCCUACGAAGGUAGACAGCAUUUCAGAUGAAGAGAUGAUAGAUGAUGACGAUUUGCUGCCAUCAAACAUGCCAAAUGAAGUUCCUGGAAGAGUUGGUGUUCUUUUAGAACAAGCAGACGCACGUAAUGAUGUUGGAUUACAAAAAAAAGAUAAAAAAUGUAAGAAGCCAGAACCAAAAUGGACCAAAAAAAUAAAUUUCACUGGAAAAUCAUCAACAGGAACACCAGAAAAAAUAAGAUCAAAAUAUCCAGAAUUAUGUUCCAAAUCACCAUAUCAUCUUUUCAAACUUUAUUAUGACAAUGAGUUGAGGGAUAUGAUAGAUGGUUCGGACAACUGCCCAAAAUGUGUGGUGGUCCAAAACAAUUGGAUCAUCAGCAAGGAGGCCAAGAUUUUGCGAUUCAAAGAGAAAAACAUGUGGUUGGUCGAUAAAGAGGGAUAUUAUUCGGAUAAGAACAGAAAAUAUUUGAUCUAUGACAACCCUGUCUUAAAACAAAGCUAUUCUUGUGUUUACGUGAAAGAAGAGAAAGCUCUCAAAACAGCACUGGCCAUAGCACAAAUUCUAAAUCGGACGUUGAUUCUACCGAGGUUCCACUGUAAUAAAUCAAGACCCACAGAAAAGUGUUCUCUAAACAGCUGGCUGAAGGUAACAGAAUUCGACAACCAAUUCGCCGGAUCUUACCGGGAGAGUAGUUUUCUGUACAGUCCUCUGUUUUUUAAUAUUUCUGCAGUUUUAAAUUUCGAAAAUCUCGAAAUUCUUAAUGAUGACUUAAUAAGGGGAACGUUUGAUCAGUGCGAGGAUCAGGUCUUAUACAUUGGAUCGCUGAUCGGAGUUGAAGAAACAUUUUCCAAUGCGAAUGAGCAGACGAAUUUCAAUGAAAAAAUCGAAAAAGCAUUUUAUUAUUCAGAUUCACUCAUUGAUAAAUACACUCAGAGUGGAUCUAGAGGGACCGGAGGGAGCUAUGACUUCCCGUUGUGA